AUGUCAGAGACAAGCAAUCGUGCGCAAUCAUUUCUCCCCUACGUUCCCGAGAUGGUGGACAUGAUCUUAAGAUACCUUCCUGCGAAGGAGCUAAGAACAACAGCAAGAGUAUGCAGAAUGUGGAGGAACAUUUCCACGCGGAUUUUACAUUCGCGAACAACUUGGACCGUGCAUCACUUGGCGGACAAAUUGAUUACAGGAAGUGAAAUCGACGAUGUUUUUGAAAAUAUGUUCACGGAACCACGAAUGGUGAUUCAGUUGAGCCAUAGGGAAAUCUGGUUCACGCGAAGGGAGCCACGAAGGCGAAGAAACGAAGAGAGACAGCUUGUGCGCUCUGUUUUUAAUUUAUUUGCCAAACUUCCACCGGGAUGUGUCACAAUAGGUUGUACCACUGAACGUAUUGUAUUCCAACAGCCCACUGACGAGUUCACUCCCAACCUCAUCCAUCAUAUUAAGGCAGGACACGCAUUCAUAUGUGCGCCUCAUAUGCCUGGUGUUUGCUACCACCAUGUUUACCUCAGAACACCCAGGCCACCGCCAGCUAGUGACUGGUGCGAUAUGUUUGAUUUGCCCGCGCACACUCCAGUCAAGUUAGUCGUGCUGAUAGCGCUCUCGGCAAGUAGAGAUUUCAUACCGUUCCUAGCCUCAGGAAUCCGUGAAACGUAUGGAGAACAAGUAGUUGUUUUCGGAGGCGUUGGGCAUGACCGUUUGUUUAUAGAUGGUCUAGUAAAGAGAGCAAGAGUUGUGGCAAUAUUUAUUUCAGGCCAACCAUUUCGCGCACACGCUGGAUUAUUAAACAACGGUAAUGACGCUGACUUUUAUACACCGGCUCAUCAGCUGACAGAAGAAGCUAGAGGCGAAGGUUUUACGCCCAAAUUUUCACUUUUGUUCACAUCACGGUUUGUUCACAAAGGACAAGCUUUCUAUUCCAGCUCUCAAACAGCAUUCAGAGAAAGUUUCAGUACCAUUCCUAUGUUGGGUUUCUAUUCUUACGGCGAGUAUUGCUUAACUGAAAGAGACACUGAAGUCACCAAAAUCAAUGACUUCAAAAGACAAAUGAGAUACAAUUCAGCUAUUUAUUGUGUGUGCUCGUACAAAAACGAGACACAAUAG